CACUACGCGAAGGGAUAUAACUCUGCCAAAGUGUUUCCAACGCGAACUGCGGAAGAAAAUACGGACGAACGUAAAUUAUUAUCACCAAGGACAGUGUGAUCACUGCUGUAGCCAGCAUCAUCUAGCAAUGAGUUACCCAUAUGGAGGUCCCCCAGGAGGGUACCCAGCUCCUGGAGGUUACCCAGCACAGGUAGGAUACCCAGGUGCCACAGGAGGAUACCCAGGGGCAGCACCAUCCUACCCAGGGGCACCCUCAUCAGCCCCAGGAGGUUAUGGAGUUUCUAUGCCAACCCCAGAGACUGCCAUGACAGCUGCCUAUGACUCCAGUGCGUAUGGUGCAGGAGGCCUCCCCUAUGCCCCACAGCCUGGCAUAGGCUUUAACAUGGGCGACCCUGCAGGAGGGAUGGGGGCUCAACCUAUGCAGAUGCCUGGAGCACCAGGUUAUCCAACUCAGCCUGGCUACCCAUCGGUUCCAGGUGGUUAUGGGGCCAUGCCUCCAGCAGGGGGAGGUUACCCAGGGAAUGCUGCCCCACCCAUGGGAGGCUACCCAGGGGCUGGUGUUCCUCCAGGAGGGAUGCCCUCUGCUCCACAGCCCUAUCAAGUUCAGAGCCAGGGCCCCCCUGGGGGUUACACACCCUCUGCUCCCUCUUACCAGCCAUCCCCCCAGCCAACAUAUAACACAUCUCAGGCAGGCUACCCACAGCUGCCCACACAAGGGCAACCAGCCUACAACAACUACCAGCAACCUUCACACACAUCUGCUCCAUCAGCCAGCCAAUUUCCUCCUAGUUCUAUGAACUCGCAAUACAACUAUGUUGAAAAGUGUCAAGGCACACUGAAGCCUUAUCCUUCCUUUAAUGCUGAAGAUGAUGCCAAGAAGUUGCGUAAAGCCAUGAAAGGAUUAGGAACUGACGAGAAAGCUAUUAUAGAUAUUCUAGCCUACCGAUCCAAUGCUCAACGUCAGCAGAUAAAAGGCCUCUAUAAAACCUGUUUUGGCAAGGACUUGAUGAAUGAUUUGAGGAGUGAACUGGGUGGAAGAUUUGAAGAUUUGAUUCUAGCAUUGAUGUUGAAACCAGAUGAGUAUGACGCACAGGAGUUAAGAAGAUCUAUGGCGGGCGUAGGUACAGAUGAAGACUGUCUGAUAGAAAUAUUGUGUAGCAGAACUAACAAAGAAAUACACAAUAUAGCAACAGCAUACAGAGCAAGAUAUGGGAAGAAUUUAGAGAAAGACAUAAUCAGUGACACCUCUGGUCAUUUCAAGAGAUUGAUGGUAUCCUUGGCAAAUGGUGGUAGAAUGGAGAAUCAGAACGUAGAUUUGAACAAGGCCAGAGCCGAUGCACAGAACCUUUACCAAGCUGGGGAGAAAAGGUGGGGAACAGAUGAGUCCCAGUUCAAUGCCAUCCUGGCAUCACAGAGCUUUGCCCAGCUCAGAGCUGUGUUUGAUGAGUACCAGAAACUUACCGGGAAGGACAUUGAGAGGUCCAUUGUCAGCGAAAUGUCUGGAGAUCUAGCCAAGGGAAUGUUAUCUGUUGUCAGGGUUGUCCGCAACAAACACAACUAUUUUUGUGAUAAACUGUACCAUUCAAUGAAGGGAAUGGGCACAGAUGACAGGACAUUGAUUAGGAUUGUAGUGACAAGAGCUGAGGUCGAUAUGGUGCAGAUCAAAGACCUUUUUCACAAAAAGUAUGGACAGUCACUGGAAAAAUUCAUCAGGGACGACACGUCAGGUGACUAUCGCCGAGCCUUGCUGGCUCUCAUUGGAGGAGGAACAUUCUAGGAGAGAACAUGUUUGCAGAGCAACUCAAGAGCUUACAACUCAGCCUGGAACCAUAGUAGUCAGCUUGUUUUCCUUACCUGUUGAUUAGAAGACAGUCAGAUAUUAAUUCAGUCUUCUUGUCUAACAAGGCAGCUAAUGUCCCAGAAUCCUUCACCAAGCUAUACUUAUAAGGCUCUGAGGCCGAGGUUUCCUAAAUAUCCUUGUCUGAAACUUGAUUGAUGAGUGAAAUCUGACAAUUUUUUUUUUUGAUGUUUAGGCAUCUCAAUUCUUUGCCUUUUAAGUUACCCACAAUGUAUUAACACUUCAAGCAAACAGAAUGUUGCUUUAUAUUUUGUAAUCUUGUACAGUUCACUGGUUAUUAUUUGGACAGACUUUUGUUUAGAUGGUCACCUUAAGACUGUGCAAGUAGAUUUCUCUCUUAUGCUUAAAGUGAACAUAAAGUCUGCCACUACAUAUACAUAGCAAAAAUGAUACAGGACACAGUUAUCACAGAAAAAUUAGUUUUGAGUCUUUUUAUCAUCAGAUAAGUUCACGCUAAACUUUGUACCUGAUGAGUUCGUAGGAGUUUUAUUGCACAAUAAACUGUGGGUCCUAGUGUAAAAGGACUAAUUAAGUUUUGAAAGCUGAGAAGAUGAAGUUCAGCAGUCGGGCUUUGGCACUGACAGACAAUUCACUCCGAGUAGGUAUGUUGUAGGAGACCUUAUGAACUUGGCCUAUAACUAGCGUUGUAAGCAUCACGUGAUAAUUAGCUGUAACGUCAAAAAACUUAUUAGCUCUCGAUUGUGGGUGUGAUUUCCUAUAGUGGAGAGACAUAUAUUGAUGCAAUAAAUUGGAUUUUGUGGGUUUAAGUGUUAAAUUGAUGCGUUUUGAACCACACAUUUAUGAGCAGGGAACUGAGAACUGCUGCCCCUUUCACAAUGCGUACAUAUUGGGCAGGAUGCUACAGUAACUUCUCAGUCUGAGCUGGUAAGAAAACUACCUCGUGAGAGUCUUUGCUUGAAGAAAAAUGUUGUGACCUUGCAUCAUUUUUCCUUAGCAAAAUCAGACUUGUUAUGAAAAGAUCUUCCCUAAAUCUGAAUGAAAGGGUCUGCUGUCAAUCAGAAGGUCCUGAUGUGUUCGGUAAAUUCCCUGAAGUCUGAACAGCCAACUAGGCCAAAUGCUUACGCCCAUGCAGGACAAGGAUUAGCAGGGCUGCUAAAACACAACGCUUGUGUACACAAACGUCGCCCUGAACAAGUGCCAAACUAAAAGAAACAUCGGCCCUUUGAACACAGAACAGAGCUGAUACUCUUUGGUUGGGUAUCAGGCGUUUUUGAUUGUAUUUUCUCACUGUUACAUUGUUUAAUACUGAUGGUACAUAGAGCUCCUUAGUUUUGUGACGUCACUCUAGAUAGCUGAAACAUGGCAAAAUGGCGUUACCAAAUGAGUGGCUAGGUACUGACGAUUGUUUGCUAUUUUCUUUGUUGAUAAGCGAUGUAGAAUUUUAGAACAUUUCUGGAAUACUGCUUUAUUAAUUAAUUCAGCUUGAGUGGCUGACUUUAUGUUUGUUUUAAUUAAACAUUCAUAAUUAUGGACGUUGUUCUUUGUUACUUCGCUGUGUUUAGCUCAUGAUUUCUAACAGAAGUGAUGUCACACUGUGUAGUUUAAAAAUCUACCUUUGUCUUUGAAAGAUGUUACAACAAUGAUGAAUGGGGGCCGGUAAGUUCUAAAUAAUUUACAUGUACAGUCAAUCUACCACAGUUUUAUUGGCAUAAUGUGAAAGAUGGUAAGAGUAUAUGCCAGGAGUGUGUCUUAAUCUCAUUACUCAGUGAUGAAUUUGUAUCGGUAUAUAUAUAUAUGUAAAUGUUAUCUUUCAUAAUCAUGUUUGUCUGCUAUACAAUCCCAUUUGAUCAUAUGUGUGCAAGUGUGUGUAUGCUGGACUUCUGAUUUGUUUUUAAAUCACAUAGUGUAAUAAACUGAAAGCACUUUAACAACAUUUAGUGUAGUCAGAAAGGUCGAAGAACGAAAACCCAUGAUAUCUUUAAGGAGACCGGCCUAAGCCGUUUUAAAUAUAUGUUAAAACUGAAUAUUGUCAAAAAAUGUGUGUUGUCAAGUGUGUUUUUUUUUUGUUUAUUUUUACCAAAAUGUAUGGAAGACUGAUGUGUUAUGGAGGUAAUGCAUGCUCUAAUUACGUCAGAUUUUAUUAUAGGGGAUGUGUAAAAAUGUAAAGUCUCCUGAGAAGUAGAUAGGAAUAGGCAGGAUCGAGAAGUGUGUUGGUGACAUUGUAAGAGAUGGAUGAGCCCAAGAGACUUUGAUGAGAAGAGUAUAUUAACAUGUUGUAUUUGUCUCAGCAUAUUGUUACUCAUCACUCUUCAAGGCACGUUAUUUUUGUUGUGGAGGAAGACUGAAAUGAUUUUUGAUACAGCACAUGGAUGUAUUACAUCAUGAUACAUUUAUAUGUAUUUAUUCCUCCCACCAUAAUGCUGGCAUCUGCGGAUGGUCGUGGGUUUCCUGCUGGUUCUGCCAGGGUUUCUCCCAUUAUAAUCCAGGCAGUCAUUGUUUAAGUGAAAUAUUUGUCAGUAUGGUGUAAAACACCAGUCAAAUAAAUAAAUUUAAACGUAUUUAGACUGGUUAUAAAGUGUUGUCCAUUUUUUUUGUAAUUUCAGGGAUUUGGUGGAAAAUUUCAGAACUGAUAUAUUGCCAUGAAUAUAUGUUUACACAAGACAGACACUUGAGUUUCAAAAGAUACUCAUGAAAAGAAUAUUGUUUUCCAAGUAUGGCAUAAAAACAUCAAUCAAACAAACUAACAAAAACAGAAAACUACUGUCUUACAUGAGUUGUAUGGUGGCAUAAAAACUGAAGGUGAAUUUCAAUGGUAUACUCCACAAAGUGCUACUCUCUAGCAUUGAUUGAUACAUUACACAAAUACAGGAAUAUGGUGAUACACUUAUUUUUCAGCUCUCAACAGUGUUGUUUUGAUCUUUUAAUAUUUGUUAUUGGGGCAGUAUGAGUGACAUAAAAAGCCUCCUACAUGUAGUGUACGGUUGAUAUUCAGUUUAAGGUGAACUGCAACACUUUCAAUUUUCGCCAAAAAUUACAUUAUAAUAAUGCAGUGUAAUGUUGUAUAGAAAAUGUCCAUCACUUAUCUCUGUUUUCAGAAUGUCACAACGUCAGUGGUGGAGACGAUCAUUCAUGUUUGCGAAAAAUGUAACAAUUUUAUUGAGGUCCUUGAGAGUCUGAUGAAUGAAUCAUGGCCAUAUUGCCAUCACAACGUUCCCAAAUCCAAGAGAGACAAUCCAUGGCGUUUUGAACAAAUUAAAGCCAGUCUGGAUUUGGGAAGUUUAUUUCUGACCAAACAGAAGGUACAAAUUGCAUAGACAUAUACAAGAUAAUAAAAACAUUUCAAUCAUCACCAUGUAUUUACUCUGAUAACUUCCUGUUACAAAUCUGAAGCCAUUGCAGUUCACCUUUAAGUAUGCUUGUGUAUUUGUCAGGUAAGUGUAGCUCUCAGCUAGUAUUUGGCUAGUACAUGUACAUUCACAUUAUAGUGUGAUUAGUUGAUGUAUAAUUCUGUUAAUUUAUAACUCUUUUUAUCAUCAGAUAAAUUCACGCUAAACUUUGUACCUGAUGAGUUCAUAGGAGUUUUAUUGCACAAUAAACUGUGGGUCCUAGUGUAAAAUUAACUAGGUUAAUUAGAGUCAUUUUUCAUCUGCAUGGAUAAAACAGUAUUUAUGAUUAAAGCAAUACCACUUUCCAGCAUAACAAAUGCAUUUUAAAAUUAAUAAUAUCAGAAUUAGACUGUAAUUACAUGCAUUGCUGUAAAUGUAUUGGAAAAUAAUCAUUAAUAAGCCAUUUGCAAUAUCUGAGCUUAUGAGGCUGAUAUGUACAAAUGAUGUAUCAGAACACACUGGCGUAACAUCGCUUAUUAUGUACUUAAGAUUAUGCUCUGCUGUAGAACAUGUACAGUGUUUUCCACUUACUGCCUGGGAAGUUUAGUUUUAUUGACAGUCCUCACUCUACCUUAAAUGUUACCUGCGCACAUUAUUGUUACAUUGCUGGGCACAAGUGUUAUAGAACUUCAUUAGCCUAUUAUUAUUUUUUAGUUAAAUAAGCAAGUUUCAAAGAGUUGAUAUUACAAAAAACUAAGAGUGGAUUUUAAGGGUGACAAGAUUGGAAUGUGUUGUAUGCCUACAAAGAGCCUGUAAGGUUACAAGAGAAACCCUUUUGAUGUGGCUGUUCCACUUACCAAUCACUUGGACUAUGCUGUCAUUAGACAUGCGGAUGAUGGUGGAUAAAUCACGUGCCUUAAUGAAUACUGAGACUCUGUUAACAUUAAAAAAACAAAUCUGUUAACAUUGCAAACAAAUUGCAAACAAAUUGCUCAAAUACACAAUUUUGAUAUAUUUUUGCCCAUUGUUGUUAGUGUUUGCAACAGUUUGAGUACCGGUACUGUAUCAGUACAUCAUUGAUACAGCCUGUUUCCUUGGAUAUUCAUGUGCCAUGAAUCAAACUGUCUCUGCAUCUGGGGAGUACUGCUGUGUUUACAACCACUUAGUCAAUCAUAUUACAUGUAGUAUGAGAAAGACUAAUCUGACCUGCUGUUUUGCCAUGUUUCUUAGUGUAUCUUUAUAAGGUAAUGAUUUAUGAACUGGAAGUUAAGUGUUCUUUGUAAUUUUUCUUCCUUUUUUUUUAACAUAUAUUUUUAUUUUAAGUCUCUUUAAUGAUCUAUUUAACAGUGGAAUAAAGUGUUGCUGAUAUCCUCUA